CGUCGCGUUAUCGGCAUGACAUUAGCGAUUGACUCCGCCGAUCCGGAACAGUUUAACCCAGUCCACCGUUUUGCAUUAAGUUAUUAUUUCCGUGUGUGAUGAUAAUCAAAGUUCGAAAAGGAUAUUAUCGCAGAGUGAUUUUGGUCACGGUUUUAGCACCGUGCCGUCUCACAUCGACUAGUCACAACUAUUUACCCUAUAAAUAUAAACGUUUUUACUAUUUUCAUCGGUUACUUUCAUCCGUUAUUAUUAAACAACAUAUGCAACUAUACAACAGUGUUUCACUUACCUUGGGAAUCUUACCUUCGUUGGAUCGAAUGGUGAACAGCUAUGACAGGUUGGCGUGCUAGCCAUGUCAGGGGAUCGCCGGGCAGGAGCGCGCCGUGUCGACGUGGAGCCAGGAGACCUGGAUCGCCGGCCCCAUCCAAGGAGCUGAGCCGAAGGACGCCCCGCGGGGACGAGAUUUUACAGAAGGAAUUGAAAUUUAGCUGCACAGUCGACGACGAGCUGAGGCUUGGGAUCUACGGCCUCCCCGCUGGCCUGGCCAGCUACUAUGCGAAUUGAAGCUCUUAGCGCCUUUCUCGCGGUGGUUUGGGUGACCGCAGUCCUGUGUCCGUGGCUUGUUGCCGCGAAUAACCUGACUUCUUCCUUCACGUCACGUCGGCCCAGGGAUCAUCCGUUCAGAGGACACAUCUCUGCCUGGAACGUGCCGUUGGAUGAAACGUCGAACAAGCGAAUGACGUAUCGUGAGAUGCAGAAGAUGCUGCGUCGAGAGGCUGGUGACGACGGUAACCCGGUCGACUGCUGCCCAACCGAUGCAGAGAUGUCGGAACCGCUGGGUGGAACGAACCGGGAUAACAUGUACGUCGACCUCUACCGGGAUGGAGAGAACAAGCAACGAUUUUAUGAAUACUCUUGCAAAAAGGAGGUCCUCGACAAACCGUGCAGGUUCAUCGACCGGAAGCUCAAAAGCCAAUCUCGAUGCGUACAAAAGUUCUCCUACACCUACGCUAUCAUUAAAACCCUCGAUCAUAAGGGUGGUUUGGACGAGCACAGGCACCACCACGGACACCAGAUACUGGCGGUCCCCGGAACUAUAGCCGGGGGUUCUGGGUGGGCGUUGGACUACAUCAAAGUCCGAAGCGGAUGCAGCUGCGAGGUUUCGCCAAAGCCGAAGAAGCAAAAGGCCUCGGCGACGAAGGCGAAAAGGGCGAGAAGCAAACAGCGACAGCCAAGAGACAACGAUCCGGACUUUGAAGCCUGAUUCACGCUUAUCUGUUAUAAAUUCAUAUUAGAAAUUCCGUAAAUAUUUGCCCUGGAAUUUCCAAUUUGUCCAGAAAAAUUUUUAAGGU